UGCCCGCGCGCCCGCUGCUGCUCGGCUCCACACCCGCCGGCGCGGCCCCGCCACGAGACUCCGAUGACAGGGGCUCAGCCGGCGCUGCUUGCGAGCGCCGGACCGACCGACCGCGGCGGCGGAGGAAGACGCGAGGAUCGCGGCCCGGGGCCAAGUGCGGGAGGUGCUUGGGGCCGGCGGCGCGCAUAGAUCAGGAGAAAAGGAGGUGGUGAGUGUCCAAGACCUGAGGAGAGCCAGAGAUGCUAAGCACCAAGGAGUUCAGCAUGAAGGAGCGACUAGAACAGAUCCCCUCUGAAGCAGCUGGGGGCUCAUCUGAGAAACUUCUCAUCCUUGAGGAGUGGUCAGCUAGGAGAGGAAGAAGGGAUGGUGUGGAGCCCACCCAUGGCCUAAGGAGCCAGUGUAGUCCACAGCCUGUGGGACCAGGAGCCUCCAGGUGGGCAACUCAAGAAGAAUCGAUGCUUCAGCCCCCAGCGACAUGUACACGGUGUAAUGACAGGAAAUGAUCAGGUUUGCAGAAAAACUGGUGGCCUGAAAUUUCAGACUAAGGCAUCAGUGCCUGGCUCUGGCUGAGAACAUGGCCAAUGGCAUUGACGAGCUGAUCGGCAUUCCCUUCCCCAACCACAGCAGUGAGGUGCUGUGCAGUCUCAACGAGCAGCGGCACGCCGGGCUACUGUGCGAUGUGCUCCUGGUAGUGCAGGAGCAGGAGUACCGCACACACCGCUCUGUCCUGGCAGCCUGCAGCAAGUACUUCAAGAAGCUCUUCACAGCCGGCAGCCUAGCCAGCCAGCCCUACGUCUAUGAGAUCGACUUUGUCCAGCCCGAGGCUCUGGCCGCCAUCCUGGAGUUCGCCUACACCUCCACACUCACCAUCACCGCCUCCAAUGUCAAGCACAUCCUCAAUGCUGCCAGGAUGCUGGAGAUCCAGUGCAUCGUGAAUGUGUGCCUGGAGAUCAUGGAGCCCGGUGGUGAUGGUGGCGAGGAGGAUGACAAAGAGGAUGAUGAUGAUGAUGAAGAUGACGAUGAGGAGGAGGAUGAAGAGGAGGAGGAAGAGGAAGAAGAGGAUGAUGAUGAAGAUACGGAGGACUUUGCUGACCAAGAAAACUUGCCUGACCCCCAGGACAUCAACUGCCACCAAAGCCCCUCCAAGACGGACCAUCUCACAGAGAAGGCCUAUUCAGACACACCCAGGGACUUCCCUGAUUCCUUCCAGGCUGGCAGCCCUGGCCAUCUGGGUGUGAUCCGGGACUUCUCCAUUGAGUCUCUGCUGAGGGAGAACCUGUAUCCCAAAGCCAACAUCCCUGACAGGAGACCCUCCUUAUCUCCAUUUGCCCCAGAUUUCUUCCCACACCUUUGGCCAGGGGACUUCGGUGCCUUUGCCCAGCUGCCUGAGCAGCCAAUGGACAGUGGGCCACUGGAUCUGGUCAUCAAGAACCGGAAGAUCAAGGAGGAGGAGAAGGAGGAGUUGCCGCCCCCCCCACCCCCACCCUUCCCUAGUGACUUCUUCAAGGACAUCUUCCCUGACCUGCCUGGGGGGCCGCUGGGCCCUAUCAAGGCGGAGAAUGACUAUGGUGCCUAUCUCAACUUCCUGAGUGCCACCCAUCUGGGGAGCCUCUUCCCACCCUGGCCGCUGGUAGAGGAGCGUAAGCUGAAGCCCAAGGCCUCUCAGCAGUGCCCCAUCUGCCACAAAGUCAUCAUGGGGGCCGGGAAACUACCAAGGCACAUGAGGACCCACACCGGGGAGAAGCCAUACAUGUGCAACAUCUGCGAGGUCCGCUUCACCAGGCAGGACAAACUGAAGAUCCACAUGCGGAAGCACACGGGGGAACGGCCCUACCUGUGCAUUCACUGCAACGCCAAGUUCGUGCACAACUACGACCUCAAGAAUCACAUGCGUAUCCACACCGGGGUGCGGCCCUACCAGUGCGAGUUCUGCUACAAGAGCUUCACGCGCUCUGACCACCUGCACCGCCACAUCAAGCGCCAGAGCUGUCGCAUGGCGAGGCCCCGGCGCGGCCGCAAGCCCGCCGCCUGGAGGGCCGCCAGCCUGCUCUUUGGGCCCGGCGGCCCUGCGCCGGAGAAGGCGGCCUUCGUGAUGCCGCCCGCACUGGGCGAGGUGGGCAGCCACCUGAGCAGCGCAGCGGUGUGCCUCCCGGGGCCCAGCCCCGCCAAGCACUUCCUGGCGGCGCCCAAGGGCGCCCUGAGCCUGCAGGAGCUCGAGCGCCAGUUCGAGGAGACACAGAUGAAGCUGUUCGGGCGCGCGCAGCUGGAGGCCGAGAGGAACGCGGGGGGCCUCCUGGCCUUCGCCCUGGCCGAGAAUGUGGCCGCCGCGAGGCCCUACUUCCCACUGCCUGACCCCUGGGCUGCAGGCUUGGCCAGCCUCCCCGGGCUCGCCAGCCUCAACCACGUGGCCUCUAUGUCUGAAGCCAACAACUAGGCUGGCCCUGAUAGACCUGCCCCACCGGCCCUGUCCCCUCUUACCAGGCCUGACUGCCCCCUCAAGUGGGUGUGAACUUCACAUUUUACAAACACAAGAGGAAUGAAACGAUAUAUAUUAGCAGCCAUGGUUGUUCUCCAGGCCUCCGAGGGCAGCGCCUCCUUUUCGCUGGUGUCAGAGAUGGGCAUCACUUCUCAGGGGUCUGGAGCCUGGGGCCACCUCUCCCUGGCUGUCUCUCUGUCUCACACAGAAACUUACAGAGGCCAUGCCACACCAGAGGGCCCUAUGCUGGGUGCCCAGAGCACCUUGGAGCCCUGGGGUCUAUAAGGAGGGAACUGUUACUCCUGAAAGGGGGCAGGAUAAAGGAAGAACAAGAGUAGGGUCCUGCAUAUGCAACUUGAUCGAGCCCUACUGUCUGACAGGGGAAUUCCUUCUAGCACUGCUCUGGGGCUCAUUUUCCAAUGCCCCGAGGUCUGGGAUCCUUUAGAGCAAUGACCAUUUGCCACAUAAAAAGAGAUCCCAUUGACAGCAAAACGUCCAGGGAUAAGGAGCCAGCUGCUGGAAUCUGGGUCCAUGUUUCCCAUUUUUCCCCAAGGACAGCUGUGUCCUAACAGGUCAGCCCUCUGUGCCUCUGUGUCACCUACUAUGAAGAAGUUUACUAAUUUAGGUUCCCCUCCCCUAGCUCCUGCACCUAUAUACACCUGUCCUCCAAAGAGGAUCGUGGAGAGGUAGGAACUUUACACUCCCAAUUUCCCUGGUGAAAGUUUCUCUUACUGGGUACUUGGUUUUAUUACCUCCACCUCAACCUUAUCAUACUAGUACAGGCAAGAAAUGUGGCCAAAGUAGACAGGGGGAGGGUAUGAGGUGGGUGUCACCACUUGUCCACAGCCCACAGGCAGCUCUGGGGGACUCUAGGCUGCCCCAAUUCCUGCAAGCCCUGUUUUGGUCCGCACCCCAGGGAACACCCAUCAGCAUUUGGCCCACUCCCACAUGCCAUCUCCAGUGCUGUACAGAGUCUCUUGGGGUUCCUGGGGCCAACGUUAAAGGGACAAGGCCAGAUAUUUGUACCUGACAACUGCCUCCCUUCCCACAAUUCUUGAACCUAGACAAAGCACCUGGUUACCCAGGGUUCAUCUGUUUGCUUCUUGAGGUAGGGGUUUCUGUAGGCCCCAGCCUUAAUGAUGAUUGCCCCCUUUGCAGUAUUUGAGCCUCUCCCUAGCCCUUUCUUCCACCCUCCAGGGACAAAGUUCCAGUAUUUGGCUUCUCUCUUGACAGAAGUGCUCAGUAUGGGCAGAGGUCUGGGGUUUCAAGGGCCCUGUGUCUUAGGAGGUCAUACACUAUCCUGCUCUGAGGUUGAUGGCAGGUCCAGAGAAGGAAGACAGCUCUGCUGGCCCAGUGCCUUCCGGACUCUGCUCCUCUUUUCUUCCCUGCCUUCUUUCUCUAGCUGAGUCUACUUUGAUUGCUCAGUAUCCUGGAGAGGAAAGUGUACCUGCGCAGAGGGUCCAGGACUGCGCCCCCCCCCCCCCAGUCCCCAAGCUGUGGCACAAGAGCUUGGCUCUUCUUAUUGCCUUGGCUUUUUUUCCUGAGCAAACACAACAAACAAAAAGGCCAGAGAAGACCACAGACUCUGUUCCUCUCACAGCUCCCCAGAAGAGACUUCCUUAUGUCACCAGAUGCCAUUUCAGCCAGGUGGAAACCCAGGCACCCUCUGCAGUCACCUGCCUGGUAACCACCUCGAAGAUUCUUGUGUCCAUUUCAGACAGUUGCUUCCGGGAUCCACCAGCUGACUUGCCUGAGCUCCCACAUCACCAAGGGACUGGGCUGAUCUCAACGUACAAGGAAAAAAUGAACAAAGUGGAAUCCAGUGGUGUUGGGGCUUUUGUUUUUAUUUUGUAAAGGUAAUGACUUCUUAUAAACUCAAUUUUUCAGAUGACUGGUUAGUUCUUUUUGUUUUUUCUUGGCUGAAGUUUGGCGUUGUACAUUGUAAAAUAUCCAAAGAUGUCAAGUACUGUAUGAUGAAGAACUUGAAGCAAAUGGGAGUGCGGGGGGUAGGGGUGGCUGUUUUAUUUUGUUUCAGUUUUGUUUUGUUUUGUUUGAGUUUCUGAUUUCCCUGUCUGUCUGUGGGAGAACUUUGGAAUUUUUUCUAUUUAUAACUCUUUUUAUGUGAUUGCUCUAUGUAAAAUGACACUCAACAAAGUUUGCCUUAGUGAUUCAAGGGACAAUCUUCCAUAACUUUGGUUGCACGCAGCAUCCUGCCAAGAAACUCUCAGCUAAUUUUCUGGCCUAUUUAUUAAACAGUAUUAACUGACUUGAUUAAAUCA